GCCGGCAGCAGCCCCCGCUCCUCGGCCGGCGGGAUAAGAAAGAAGGAAAAGAGGCUCGGGAGAGCCCGAGGAGCCGCGGCGGCAGCAGCAGCAGCAGCGCCCGGCGUCCCCCGGACCGAGCCGCCUCUGCACGGAUGAAGAUGGUUGUUGCUCUGCUGGUUAUGCUGGCUGUCCAUGGUCACCCUUGGCAGUGGCUCAGAACGCUGUGAUGACUGGGGAGUGGACACCAUGAAGCAGAUCCAGCUUUAUGAUGGGGAACCUGCCAAGGUCAAGUGCCCCCUUUUUGAGACCUUCUUGAAAUACAACUACAGCACAGCCCAUUCUGCUGGUUUAACCCUGAUCUGGUACAGGAUUGGGCAGGAUCGGGAUCUGGAGGAGCCCAUUAAUUUUCGCCUGCCAGGCAAUCACAUCAGUAAGGAGAAGGACACCCUGUGGUUCUGGCCUGCUCUUCUCAAUGACACUGGGAAUUACACGUGCAUGCUCAGAAAUACAACUUACUGCAGCAAAGUUGCAUUUCCCUUGGAGGUUGUUCCGAAAGACCAACACUCUUGUGUGAGCCAUUCAAUAAAGCCCACUGAGGAGAUGUUCUACUUGGAGCACACCAAUGAGAAGAUCAUAUGUCCAGAUAUUGAUGGGUUUUACCCUGCUACUGUAACGCCAUCUGUCAAGUGGUACUUGAACUGCCAUUUGGUGGAUGGCUUCUACGAGCGGUACCCCCAAGGGCCCAGGCUCGUCAUCGGCAUUGUCCGCAGUGCCUAUAAAGGGAAUUACACUUGCAUUGUGACAUUCAAGGACCAUGGAAGAACUUAUACUCUCACCAGAACCAUAAAGAUGAAGGUGGUAGGUUCUCCAAACAAGGCUUUGCCACCACAGUUCAUCUCUCCAAAUGAGAAAGUUGUCUACGAACUGGAAUCAGGAGAUGACCUUGUUCUGUCCUGUGAAGUCUUCUUCACCUUUCUGAAGGACUCCCGGACUGAGGUGUGGUGGACCAUAGAUGGGAAAAACACAGAUGAUGUCAUGGACCCCAAGAUAAAAGUCACACAAGGUGAAACUACUAGAGAUUUUGAAGACAAAACUGUCAUAAGGACUCUAACAGUUGCAAAAGUCACCCCGGAGGACUUGAAACGGAAUUACACUUGCUAUGCCAGAAAUGCCAAAGGCGAGGACCGUAGCCAGGCCGUCGUGCGCAUGAAAGUUAUAGCACCAAAAUACACCGUGGAACUGGCCUGUGGACUGGGGGCAACCAUCCUUCUCGUUGUGGUGCUGAUAGUCAUCUAUCAUGUUUAUUGGCUUGAAAUGGUCCUCUUCUAUCGGGCUCAUUUUGGAACAGAUGAGACCAUUCUAGAUGGGAAGGAGUAUGAUGUGUACGUGUCCUACGCACGCAAUGCGGAGGAGGAAGAGUUUGUGCUGUUGACAUUGCGAGGAGUCUUGGAGAAUGAGUUUGGGUACAAGCUGUGUAUCUUCGACAGAGACAGCCUCCCCGGGGGAAUUGUCACAGACGAAACCCUGAGCUUCAUCCAGAAAAGCCAACGUCUGCUUGUUGUCCUGAGCCCCAGCUAUGUCUUGCAGGGGACACAGGCCCUGCUGGAGCUCAAGGCUGGUCUAGAGAACAUGGCCUCCAAGGGCAACAUCAAAGUCAUUCUAGUGCAGUACAAAGCCAUCAAGAAGAGCAAAGUGAAGGAGCUGAAGCAGGCCAAGGCAGCCUUGACUGUCAUUAAAUGGGAAGGCGAGAAAUCCAAGUUCCCAAAGGGCAGAUUCUGGAAGCAGCUGCAGGUGGAAAUGCCAGUGAAAAAAAUCAGGAACUUGAGCCUUCAAGGGCUCAUACAUACCCCUGAAAAAUGUUCAACACCAUCAGAAAACAGAACAAACCCAAAGUUAGGCCAGGGAGUGGGAAGAAGCUCAGGAUUUUUGCCAUGAAGAACUUGUAUCCCAAGCAUUUCAGAGGACAGUCAUGCCUCCCUGCAGCUUUUCUACUUCCAUGGUAGUGGAGGGACCAAAGACAUGUUCACCUUCUCUGUACAGCCAGCACCUUGGGAUAGCAUGGAGUUUGGUUAGGCCAGUACUCCUGUGGCACCUUCAUUAGUAUCCAGAAUUGAGCUCCUUUCCUCUCCUAAGCACCUUCACUCCUUCCUGGUUGUUGGUCCCUGUUGUGAACUCUUGGGGACAGUCACUGUUCAGUCUCCAGCCAAGAGCCUUUCCUCCAUGUCCUAGCCAUAUAGUCCCAGUGACUGUGGGAUCACAGACUUUUGCUUCAGUGGGUGGAGCAUGGACUCUUGAGACUUCUUAUCUUUGCUCCCCACAUUUCUGUAAGCACAGGUGCAUUCAGGUAGAUUUGCAAUGGCUGUUACAAAAGCACUUAGAAAAAAAUAAGCUCUUCCAGAUUAUAUCUGUCUUAACAUUUCUAUGAAGUCCCAGUCUCUGGGACUCUGUGGUCUCCCGAAUACCCCAGAUCCUUCAGGACUGUAAUGCUUGAAAUUCAGGAACUAUCUCUCAUUACUACAGGCCACAGAGCAUGUCUGAGAGAUGUUUCUUUGUAGAGUAAACUCAGGGACUUCACAAGCAUGGAAGGGACCCCUAGUUUACUACUGAGCCCACCUACUGUUUCUAUACUGCUGGCAGGGGGAAAAUAUUGUGCAGGGGCCUCUGGGGUGGUACAAGAUAUAUGUUCAGAUCCCAAGAGACUCUACAAACUUAUUUGAACUUAUUAAAAACUACUAGGUCUGAUGUGCUGGGUAAGAAAAUGUGGAAAGACUGUGAGGGUUGGGGUUGUUCAGCCUGGAGAAGAGGCGGCUUUGGGGUGAUCUUACCUAAAAGGGGCUUAUAAGAAAGAUGGGGACAUACAUUUUAGCAGGGCCUGCUGUGACAGGAUAAGAAGUAAUAGUUUUAAACUAAAAGAGGGGAGAUUCAAACUAUAUUAAUGGAAGAAAUUUUUUACAGUAAGAGUGGUGAAACACUGGAACAGUUUGCCCAGAGAGUGGGAUAAUGCCCUAUCCCUGGUAGUAUUUAAACUCUGCUUGGAUGUGGCUCUGAGAAGCCUGAUGUAGUUGAGGAUGUCCCUGACCAUUGUAGGGGCAGUGGACUAGAUAACUUUUAGAGGUCUCUUCCAACCUAAACUGUUCUCUUAUCCUAUGAAGACUCAGUGUUCUCUGCCUGAGUAUGAACAAAUCACCUUUCAUUGUUCAAGAUUCAGUUUUAAGUGAGCCUUGGCUUUACAAAGGAGGUCCCUGCCCAUCUUUUUUCCAGCCUAGGGAUGCAGAACAGAGGAUGCAUCUUGGCUUCUGCAACCUUUGCACAAAAUGGAGACAUAAAAAAACACUGAGUACCAGUCCCUGCAUCAGUGGGAGGCAACAGGCAUAGGAGAGGACCCGAUGCAUUAACCCCCAGCAGAGAGGCUUUUCAGAUUGAGGAAAGGGAUAGUCCUUUCCCUUGCAGGACAGACCAAAGAUCAGUAGGACCCUGGCAUCAACUGGUGCUGUUAGUCAGUUUUUCACAUAAAGCUGCAAGCUGUGGGGGUGUCUCUAUACUCCUGUAGCUCCUAACACAAGGAC